UAAAACCAACCAACCGCCUUGUUUAAGUUCCCUGCAACAGUUACUUUCGAUUAAGGGCUCUUUUGCUGUCAACAGUCGAUUUUGAAGCCAAAUUAUUGUAGCAAAAGCGAAGAAUUGGCGUGUUUUGUCCGUAGAUUCAUUUGGAAAACACGCAUUUCAGACGGAGGCGUCGUUAGCGUGUAGCUAGCUCGGUCGCACCGUAUGUAAACAAUGAGAUGGACACAAGUGAGGGCUCCCCGAUGAUACACGGAAAAGAGCAAGCCAGAGCACGAAUUGAAAGAAGUGGGCCCUCCACCAGCAGUAACCAGGGCAGAGGCACGGCCCUGUCUCCUAUGGAGUCACUCAACACUUUUGAGUCGGAGAUAGAGGCAGAUGGACAGGGGAACUAUUCUCUCUUCCCAGCUUUGGACAGCAUUCCCAGUCUGUCAGGGACAUCUGAAACCCUUGAAAGUGAACCUCCCAGUGAUAUCGCGGAGAAGCCAAACCUCACAUGGCUCGAUGCAGCACAGAUUGUCUUGGAGGAAGCUGGACGUCCUAUGCAUAUAAAGGAGAUUAAACAGAGAAUCAUCGACAGGGGACUCGUUCAAUCCAAUGCAAAGUCAAGCCUGGAGGCUGUUAUGUACCGUGAGACUCAAAAAGGCAGCAGGAGAUUCAAGAGGAUUGAGAACAGAAACGGAGUCUUUGCACUGUUGAGCAAUGAGGAGCGUCAGCAGGCUCUUCAGGCCUUCAGCACCCAGUCUUUCCUGGGCUCCCCUCACCAGACGACCAGCUCCGGCUCAGCUGCCUCGGUGCCUGCCUUCCCCUCCCCCACCAGCUCAGCCGAGCAUAAAACCAAGAUGAAAAGAGGCCCACGCAAAAACCAGAACGAGAAGUACCGGCUCAAGUACCUCAGGCUGCGCAAGGCAGCACGUGCCAUGAUAUUUGAGAAUGCAGCCCUCUGUGAUGAAGUUGCUCACCUAGAGGAGAAAUUUCUGAGAGCAAAAGAGGAACGGAGGUUCUUACUGAAGUCAUUGUUGCAGUACCAGUCUCUGUCAGAGGGGGAGCUCUUGCCUACACCUAGCACAAGUUCCCAUCCACCUGUGCCACCUGUGUCCUUAACCUCUGGGCCCACCGGGGCAUCAGGCCUGUCUGCGGGGCAUAACCUGGGCCCAGCAGUGCCAACAGGGGAAGAGGGAGCUCAAAAAAAAACGAAGAAGGAAAGAAGAGAGCGAGGCAGGGAAAAUGGAAAGGAGGAAGUUCCCAAGAAGAUGUCUAAGAAGAGAAAGCUCACAGACGGCUCUCGCAAACUAGUGCAGCCCAUCCCUCUUGACUCAUCAGGCCGCCCUGUCUUCCCAAUCGUCCUGGGCGGCCUGACGGUCUACAGCCUGGGAGAGAUCAUCACAGACAGAAUGUUGUUUCAUGACCAAUGUGCCAUCUACCCAGUGGGCUUCUGUAGCACACGGGUCUUUGCCAGUAUGAAAAACCCAGACCAGCAAUGCCUCUACACUUGCCAAAUCAAAGAUGGGGGAACAGGGCCACAGUUUGAGAUUGUGCCAGAAGAAGAUCCUCAGAAUGCCAUUGUGGCCUCCUCUGCCCUGACCUGCCACUCCAAUCUGCUGAAGGCCAUCGCAUCUGUCAGGUCCAAACCUGUGGCGCCCAUCGUGCCAUCAGGAGCAGACUUCUUUGGCUUCUCACACCCGACCAUCCAGAACCUCAUCCAGAGCUGUCCCGGAGCUCGCAAAUGUAGCAACUACCAGUGGAUACGCUUUGAGGUGUGUCGUCCCGGCGAUGGACAGGUUCCUCACAGCCUAUCAGAGGAUGAUGCAUCAGUCAACUUUGAGGCCUACCAGAGACACCAGGGCUUUGAUGAGAAUGUGAAGACUGAGCACAGUAUCACAGGGCCGACACCACAGUCUCCUGGCUCCUCUCAUCAGCACCACCUGACCUCUCCCACCAUGAAGCCCUCUACCUCAUACUUCAGCUCUUGAGAUUCAAGUGUGAAAGUGCGUUCAAAUCAAGAUCAUGCCCAUUGUAAUUCUCCGAGACUUCCAUUCUAAUUUACAGUGCUCCCAUUUUUCCUUCAGUAAUUACCUACAUAUUUCAGUUAUUAAUGAAAGUGAAGCAUUUAGUGUGGUUAUUUAUUGUCAUCAUCUUGCAUUAAGCACAUGGAUGUAAUGCCAUAAGGUGUCUGCACUUGCAUUGCUGAAGCUCAUGCACUGGAUGUGGCUACUGAGAUACUCUUCUGCUGUACUUCCCUCUAGCAGCCAGCAUCUAACAGCUCUAUACUGAAACAUGCAGAUUUUUGUGACAAACAUCUAUACUUUAUUUUACAGAUCAUGGCCAAGCUGGUUAUGUUAAGCUUAUAUUAAAUAAACUUUUUUCAUGAUGAGUGAUUGUACAAACUAGGAGCACUUGACCUCUGCUUUUCUCUAUAAAAGAUGUUCAGUGCAUAGCAUACUAUGUCAGAAGCAGCUGUUUGUGCCCUGUGUAACUGUCGCAAUACAUAACACAUUAAGCUGAUUUUUUUUUCCUUUUCUUUUCAGUUGAGGUAUCUGUGAAAUUCAUCAGACUGUAUGUUUGGAUAAAACAUGUCCGUCUGCUUUCAUUUUACACAAAUGGUAUCGACUUCAAAAAGAAUUAAAAACUCCACAUACACA